AUGGAUAACAUUGAGAGUUAUGAAGGUGGCGAGGCUAAAGGCAUAAUAGUAUCACGGAACGUAACCUUUUCUGAGCUUGUUGACCGCAUUUAUAAGAUCACAAAUGCAUAUCUCAACAAAUAUAGUCUCACACUGAAGUAUUCAGUUCCUCUAUCAUCAUCUGCCUAUAAGCACCUAAAGGUUGAAGACAAUGAUGACGUUCAAUAUUUUCUGAAGUACAGCACGGACGUUAUGACCUCUAGAGUAACCCCUUUAUUAGCAACCCUCAAAGUUAUAGAAGGACAUGGUAUUCAUGGCUGCAAUGGCAUUGUAAGCAUUGGGAAUAGCAAUGCUCCCCUUGCAGUUGUUGUGAGAGAUAGGAAUGAGGUAAUUGGGGAUAGUGGAACUGAAAAUGGUGUAACUGGUUUUAAUUGGAAAGAUUGGGUUGAAGAUGUUAAUUUUGAAUGUGUUGAAAACAUAGUCGCAGAUUUUUGUGUACCUAGGAAUGAAGAGGAAGCGUACUCUGCACCAAACGUGCAUCCUCAUCGAGAAAGCAAUUUCCAAGCCUCCAUGGUGCAGGUUACACAAGUGCAAUCUGAAAAUCCGCAACAAUCAAGUUGGACUCAAAUGCAUACAAGCCAAGUUCAUUUGGUGCAUGGUAAGAGUGUGGAAGAUAUUGAUUAUGGUGGAGGUCUUUCUUGCAUAAAUUGGGAAGCAAAUUUUAAGGUUGGACGAGUUUUUCCAAAUAAGAUUGCCCUUAUAAAAACCUUAUGUUUAGCAGCAGUCAGAGGCCACUUUCGAUUUAGAACAGUCCAAUCUGGGAAACGUAGGUUGUGUGUUCGUUGUUGGCAACUUCCUUGCCCUUGGCGACUUCGGGCAUAUAAAGUUGGAUUACAUGAGUUUAGGGUUGUUAAAUACGAUCCAUUUCAUGAAUGUGAUCUAAGGUAUCUUAGUAGUCACCAUCCUCAAGCUAGUACGAGAUUGUUGUCUGACUCUGUGAAACGCAGAUUCAAGGAUUCUCGCACCAUUUAUACUGCAGGUGAUAUCAUCAAAGAUGUGCGACAAAAUUUUGGUGUGACCAUAAGCUACUCUAAAGCUUGGAGAAGCCGAGAGUUAGCUUUAAAGAUAAUUAGAGGGUCUGCAGAAGAAUCAUAUGCUCUUCUCCCUUCCUAUUGUUAUGUACUGGAGCGUACAAAUCCUGGAACUUUGACAUACAUUGAGACUGAUGCAGCCAACCACUUUUUAUAUUUUUUUUAUGUCAAUUGGUGCAUGCAUAAGAGGAUUUAA